AUAUUGUAUUCCGGUGUGGACUGGUUUACGCAAAAUCAAUUAAGGAACAGUGAAUGAUACAAUUUCUGUAGUUUUCUUUCCUAAACUGUUAAAAAAUGCUUUAGAUUUGCUUUUCAAAUAGCAGAUAAUUUAGAAGAAUGAGAUUUAGGUUUUGUGGUGAUCUUGACUGCCCUGAUUGGGUACUGGCAGAAAUUAGUACAUUAUCAAAAGUGACAUCGGUGAAGAUCAAAUUACUCUGCGUACAAGUUAUCAAAGAUCUCCUGGAUGUUGGAAUCGAUUAUGAUAAAGUCUACAAAUUAACAGCUGAUGCUAAAUUUGAGACUGGAGAUGUAAAAGCCAGUGUUGCCGUAUUGUCAUUUAUUUUGUGUUCUGCUGCCAAGUAUAAUGUGGAUGGUGAAUCACUGAGUAAUGAACUACAACAGUUAGGUUUGCCAAAAGAACACGCUACAGCACUAACAAAAUCCUACAGUGACAGUUUAGAAAAGUUACAGGCUCAACUAAGGAAACAUAGUCUGAGGUUGUCACAGUUAGACUCUGUUGAAUGGAGAGUAGACUACAUAUUAAGUUCCAGUCACUUGAAGAAUAUUGAUGAACCGUGUGUUCAGCUGAGGUUAAAGGUCAAGGAUCCAAAUACAGAUAAUGUCAAACCAGUCACGUUUACUGUCACAGCUGAUAAAUUCAGGAUUUUGUUAAAUGAGUUGAAGCAGGCAGAUUCUUUGAUGGAGAACUUAUCAAGCUGACAAAGAUGAAGACAAGGAUAUAAUUCAAAUUUAAUACUCCGAAAUUAUUGAAUGAAUAAGUUGUCUGAUUUUGUAUGUACAGUUCUUAAUUACUGUGUGUCCAAAUUGCCUUAAAAAUUGAAUUUUGAUUUAAAAUGAAUGAUAAUGUAUUCUAUUGCAAUUAAUUUUGCACAGUUCUGAAAUUCAUAAGAAGAACAAAAGAGGGACGAAAGAUACCAGAGGGACAGUCGAACUCAUAGAUCGAACACAAACUGACAACGCCAUGGCCAAAAAUAAAAAGACAAACAGACAAAUAAUAAUACAGAUGAUACAACAUAGAAAACUAAAGACUUAGCAACAGGAACCCCACCAAAAACACGGGGUGAUCUCAGGUGCUCCGGAAGGGUAAGCAGAUCCUGCUCCACAUGUGGCACCUGUCGUGUUGUAUAAUGAAUAUAGAAUUCCAAAUCAACUCAUCAUAGAUACCAGGGUUAAAAUUUUGUAUCCCUGAUGUGUGUUUUGUCUACAAAAGAGUCAUCAGUGACGCUUGAAUCAAAAAAGUAAAAAAAAAGUCAAAUAAAGCAUGAAAUUGAAGAGCAAUGAAGACCCGAAAUUCUGAAAGGUUUUGCCAAAUACAGCUAAGGUAAUCUAUUCCUUGAGUAGAAUAAGUGAUGAGUGAUGAAUAAUGAAAACAAAAAAAUUUCCAGACAUGUUUUUAUGCACCAAUGCAAAGAUUAUAACUGAAAAUAUCUCCAAAUAGAAAUUAUCCACUUUUCACUGAUCUAGUACACUUUUUUGUUUACGGUCCAGCUGCAGCCUACCUCCAGGUGUGGUAUUUUCUUGCUGUGUUGAAGACCCAUUGGUGACCUUAAUCUGUUUACUGCUCUUUUGUCCGGUUGUGGUCUCUUUGACACAUUCCAGUUUCCAUUUCCAAUUUUAUUGACAAACAUUAGAUUUAUCUAUUUGCCCAUGUGUUUUUGCAAAAUUUUAACACAUGUAUUUCCAACUUUUCAUUUAUGAUAAGUGCUACUUAGAUGUUAAUGUGCCAUACAAAUGUAUUUAGAAUUACUCAUCUGUUAUAUAGGAUUUAACAAAAUCAUGGAUAACAUUUUAAUGUUCUGAUAUUUCUGUGUCUUUUCAUUUAUAAUGUUUAAAUUGUAUUCAAGUGAUCUUAUGUGUUAGAAUUGUUCUAAUUUCAUUAAAACGAUUAACAUAUGUGAA